GAAACCCCUGAAAGCCACCCUUUGCCCAUGGCCGCGUGCUUUUUGCCAUGCCGCGUGUGAUGCUCGAGUAUGGGCUGCAGGGGCCGAUGAGCCGCCCCAGGCCCAGCUCCUUCUGGAUCGACUGCUCCAGACUGGAGGGCUUCUCCAUGGUCAAGGGGAAGAUUGUUUGCGCGAUGAAGAAGCUGGCCUUCAAGGCGAAGGUCCUCAUGGACCAGAUGCCGUUUGACCAGAACUGCAAAGCGAUUAACUUCGUCCUGGACCGGCAGAAGCGGCAGUGGUACAAGUGCUGCAUGCAGGCGAUGCAGCCGCUGAAGUGCAUCGAGGUGCAGCCAACGGCGUGGUUUUCGCAGCGCAACGAGUUCGGCGUGUCGCUGCCCUUCAACAAUGAGGAUGCGCAGAUGUGCUUCCGAGAGAAGAGGCAUCCAGACUUCAACUGCCCAAUGGCCUACUGUGACAAUGUCAAGGAGAAUUGCGUAACCAUCGGGGACUUGGGGAAGGACGCCAGCUGGCUGGUGCCUCCGAAGCCCAAGGGAAAACUGGCCAUGCUGGACAAGAUCAAGGGCCUCCUGGCAGGCUUGCACAUGCCCAACGUGCAGGUGCUGCACUUCUCAGUCCCCGAGCCGCUGGCGGCUUUGCAGGCCUUGGAGCCUCGCCGCGCUUCAAGAAGCGGGGCCAAGGCCCUGCGCGACUUCCUGUAGGUUGCGGACGGUCGCAGCCGGCGCGGAGAUCCGCCCUCUUGAUUCUUCACCCGCUUUCUGAACGCCUUCCGAGACCGCUGCGAGACCGCCGAGACUUUCCCAGCGCCGAGACCCGGAAGGGCCGAGAUCUCACGCCACGUGGCAAGUGUCCA